GGUAAAGUGCACUCGGUGGUGAAUCUGCUCCUAGAAUCCUCCCGCCAGACACAGCAGACCGUUCAUCGUGUGUCAUUUGUCAACUGACGAGGUUUCGCUGAGGCGGUUUUAAACGAGGAGUUUAGAAAGCAGAGUCAGAGACCUUUCCGUUUGGACUUCAGUGAACCCUCUCAAGAGGAACAUCUGCCUGCCAUGGAGGAAACCCUCAACGGCACCAUUGAUCCGGCGUGUUUACAGGAGCCCCCGCUGGCCAUGGACGUGAUAAAGCAGCUCGAUGUGUUUGGCUUGAGUCUGUACUCCAUACUCACCCUCAUGUCCGGCAUCUCCCUGCUGCUGUACCUCGAGCAGUGCGCCUAUUUAUAUAGAAAACUGCCUAAUCCCAAGAAGACCACCCUCAUGUGGAUAAGUGGUGCAGCACCGGUUAUUUCAACCAUGGCUUGUUUCGGGAUGUGGAUCCCGAGGGCCGUCAUGUUCACCGACAUGACGUCUAACUGUUAUUUUGCAGUCGUGGUGUACAAGGUCGUGGUUCUGAUUGUCCAGGAGUUUGGGGGCACCGGUGCUUUCCUGAAGCGGUUCUCCGGUAAACCCUUCAAAGUUUCCACCGGGCCGUGCUGCUGCUGCUGCCUCUGUUUACCCCGCGUGCCCAUGUCACGGAGGUGGUUUUUCUUCCUGAAGUUGGGGGUUCUCCAGUAUGCAAUCCUGAAGACGGUGCUCUCCAUCCUCUGCAUAGUGUUGUGGACCAACGGCAACUUUGAUCUCUCAGAUCUAGAGAUCACUGGUACGGCCAUUUGGAUUAACCCAUUCAUCGGCGUUCUCACCAUCAUCUCUCUUUGGCCUGUCGCCAUUAUCUUCAUGAACACAAACAGCUUCCUGCGUGACAUUAAAAUUGUACCCAAGUAUGCGCUCUACCAGCUAAUACUUGUCCUGAGUCAGCUGCAGACAUCAAUCAUUAACAUCCUGGCCCUGGAUGGGACCAUCGCCUGUGCCCCCCCCUUCUCUUCUCAGGCUCGUGGCUCCAUGCUCAGUCAGCAGAUGAUGAUCAUGGAGAUGUUUAUCAUCACUCUGAUUAAUCAGUCUUUAUACCGUCGAACGUACGACAAACUUCCCUCUGAGGCCGAGGACAACGACAACAAGGCUGAAGUCGCCCUGCAGACUACUCACAUGGAGCAUGACGUCUAGAAAAGAAGACAGGGAUGAUAUUUGAUGAAAUUGCACUUUCUUGUUUCGUGUUCUUCUGGGUUUUUAUCCUUAUGGUUGAAAUGCACUUAUUGUAAGUCGCUUUGGAUAAAAGCGUCAGCUAAAUGACAUGUAAUGUAACAUAUGCAUCCUGCAGAAGACAAAACUUUGAGGGUUGGUUCACAAAGAUUGUUACUUUCAGUCACAAAAGCCUCCCUCAGGGGUGAGGGUUACCCCAAGUACACAAGACUGUUCUGGAAACAAAACGUUGGCUCUUGAAUUGUUUACAUUUUUUUUAAGGAAUAGAAAAAUAACAUUUUCAUUUAAUUUCACAUCCAUUUGCACAAAGUUGGAUCAUUCGUCUCAUCAAAUCUUUGCAAAAAAGCAAAUCUUUAUAUUUCCCACAGUGAUAACAUUUCUUUACGGUUUAAUAUUUCUUUAUCUUUUGGAAGCAGUAGAUAGAUUUCAGCCUGUAACUAUGAUGGAGGAGAGGAACAAAUGCUCAAUGCAGAAUUGAGAGAGUGUAACAGCAUUCUGUACAGUUAAUACACACAUGUGUGGAAAAACAAAAUAUUUAAAUCGGCCUGGAAAAUAGUUAUUACAAACACCUGUUUAAUGUUGUUAAUGUGUACGAGUGUGCGUUUGAAAGCUGUGGUCAUCCACUAAAGGUUAUUUUGGCCAAGCGAGCGGAUUACUUUGUACUAAAGUGGUCAAUAAAGAUAAACACAGGCUGCUUGUAUUAAACUAACGUUUCAAGCAAAAACUUAAUGAGACAUGACGCAUGCAGAGGGAAAUAUUUGUGCAUUUCUAAAAUUGAUUUCAGGAAAACUAAUACUGUGUUACAUCUUUGUUCUUUUUAACGCCAUAUUGUGUCUAGACGGUGUGUGGAAAACCGCCAGAUGUGUUCAAAGACUGCUGACCCACUUACUCAGACUUAUGUGGGACAGGAGACACACACUGAUGAGACAACAGCUUUAUUUCUAGUCAGACCGUAACACGUGCUGUUUCUUUAGCAACCACCAGAGGCCAUGCUUGAUCAACCCCAAACAAGUCUCACGUGGUUCAUUUAUAUGGAUUAUUUGUUUUCAGUUCAACAAAAACUUUUACAUGAUAAAACUAUACAACAAUUUUUUUUUUUUAAUCCCCUGUUUUCCAAAAGAAGGAAAACAGUUAUUAAUAAAUGGUUGUUGCAAGCAAACAGACUUACCACAGGAUGAACAUGAUUAAUAGGAAUUCAAUUUAGAAAGUAAUCUGUAUUUGGUAUUUACACAAAGAAAUUAG